AUGUUGAAGCCAACCAACUUCCAAUCUCGGAUGCGUCGGCAUUACCAAUCUGGCAAAGUCUGUCAAAUGGGUCCAAGAUGCGGUUUCGCCCACGGAGAGCACGAAUUGAUGUCCAAGAACAAGCCCGCUGAAAAGAGAAAGACGCGUAUUUGCGUGUCAUUCACACCAGGAGGUUCCGGAUACUGUAAAGAUGGCCUGAGCUGCGACUUCCUUCAUCCAACGGACGGACAUCUCUUCAACACGGCAGUGCAAUUUCAAAUUGAAAAGGAGCAGUUCAACUUCACAAUCCAGACAAUCCAUUCCAAACGCCGCUUCUGCAGCACACAAGAGGAGUCGGACGGCCUGGAGGACGUUAUCAAUCAGAUUGUACGUCUGUGGAACCAAAAAUGGCCAGAGGGACCAUUCUAUUUCGAUCUACAUGCAAUGACCACCAAAGGAGCCGAGAAGUAUGUGGAGGACACCGUCGUCUGCAUGAAGGUCAACAAUCAGAAGGCGUGCUGGCUGGAAACCGGCAGAGGGAACCAUUCGACAUUUGGAUUUGCAGCCAUCAGGACACUUCUGCUAGCCAAGUACCAAGGAAGGCAAAUUGAAUCCUGGAAUUGUAAUUCUGAACAUUCUGCGAAAAGACGUUUCUGCACCACUCAGGAGGCGCUGGACAAGCUGGAGAAUGGCAUCAAUGCAAUGGUGAGGCAGUGGAACAAGACGUGGCCGAAGGGACCGAACUACUUCGACAUGCAUUGGAUGACAACCCGUGGAGCCCAGGAUUAUGCUGCUGGAAUCAUCAUUUGGAUGCAGAGGACCAACCAGAAGACUGCAUACUUGGAGACGGGCCGUGGCAAUCACUCCACGUGUGGAUUCGCAGCCAUUCGGACCCUACUAUUGGCCAAGUAA